UCUCCCAGCUCAGUAGGUUUUUUUUGUUAUUCCGUGCGGGUGCUUAUUCCGCGUAAUGUUAGUGUAAAUCCCAUAGCCCCUAGUGUUGACAAAAUUUUGAACGUUGUGCCAGACGUCUGUUAAUUAGCAUAUAGCACAAGUACCAAAUAUAUACGUAAACCAAAACCCGAGCAGAUUACAACUUAUCUCCGACGCAGUUGCCAGUUCUUUGUUACUGCUGCUGGCGCAAGAAACGGAGAGAGAACAAGAGGGAAGAGCGGAGAAAGGAGAAAGCAAACGCGGGUGAAUCAGUGCCGUAACGGUUUACUCCAAUCCCAGAAACCACAGAACCCAUCCCAAAGUUAUGAACCGCACCAGAAGGAAGGUUGUGCGCCCAAAGAAUCCAUACACCAAAGCCAAUUUCUUCUCACAAUGGAGCUUCUGGUGGAUGCGAGACCUGUUCAAGCGUGGCCUCCAGGGUCCGCUGACGGACGAGGAGCUGUAUCAGCACAGAAAGACCCUGGAUAGUGAAAGAGUGACAAACAAAUUCGCAGAGCUGUGGGACGACGAGCUGAAAAGAAGUAAUCCCAGCGUGGUGAGAAUGAUCCUAAGGGCGUACGGCAAGAUUUUCCUACCCAUGGGUCUGCUUUUCUCCAUUAGCGAAACAAUUUGCAAAUCUCUCAUGCCUUUAUUCUUGGGUGGUCUGGUUGGUUACUUUGCCACAAAUCAGACGGACAUCAGUGAGCGGACAGCAUAUCUGUAUGCUAUGGGAAUUGUGAUUUGCAUGUUGGUGCCUGUGAUAACAUUCCACCCCUUCAUCUUUUACAUCUUUCAAGUGGGCACUAAGCUGAGGCUGGCCCUCUCGGGACUGAUAUACCGCAAGUGCCUGCAGGUUUCCAAAAGCAGCAGUAACGAUGGUCUCCGAGGAAGAGCCAUUAAUAUCCUGUCCAACGAUCUCGGACGAUUUGAUGUGGCACUCUGUUUUCUACACGAUACGUGGAAGGGGCCGAUGGAGUCAAUUCUGAUCGGUUUUCUUAUGUACCGAGAAAUUGGAGUAUCGGCUGUGAUUGGCGUAUCCUUCAUGCUUAGCUUUAUCCCGCUGCAAGCGUGGGCCGCCAAGAAAGCAGCUUAUUACCGACAAAUGACGGCGGAGCGAACUGAUAUGCGCGUAAAGCUAAUGAACGAGAUCAUCCAGGGUAUCCAGGUAAUAAAGAUGUAUGCGUGGGAGAAGAGUUUCGCUCGGGUCAUCGCCGAUGUUCGCCUCAAGGAGGUAAAGGCCAUCCGUGGCACUGCCUACAUCCACGCCGCUCUCGGAUGUACCUCCAUGAUAUCGCCGCUAUCUGUGUUCCUGGCCCUGUGCUCCUACGUUUAUCUUGGUGAUCCCUUGACCGCUCAAAAGGUGUACACAGUGUCAUCCUAUUUCAACAUGCUCAACGAUUCGAUGGUGACCUUUUGGCCCAUGUCAAUUACGUUUAUUGCGGAGGCUCUUGUUUCGGCGAAACGUUGCAAGGAUUUCCUGCUGGACGGGGACAAAGCUGAGGUUCCCAUAAACAUGGAAGCCAAUCAGCAAACGGGCAAGAGCACCAAGCGCAAAAUCUCUAAAAAGGACAAACAGAAGAACGUCGAAUUGAAUGGAUCACUAUUGUCCAACGGUCAAGUACAACACAAUCGACUAAGGGAUUACGAUCCGGAGGCAACGAAAAAAUGUGUGGUUCUCAAAAGUGUAUCUGCCUCAUGGGAUGCAAGCGAUGGCCACUCCAACUGUGCUAUUGAGGACUUUAGCACGGAUAUUCAGGAUCAAACGCUAGUUGCCGUCGUUGGACCCGUGGGUGCCGGCAAGUCCAGCUUUCUACAUGUGCUGCUGGGCGAAGUGGGUAUCGAUAAGGGUGAGGCCAUGGUGCACGGCAAGAUCUCGUAUGCUUCGCAGGAAUGUUGGGUCUUUGAAGGAACCAUUCGCGAUAACAUCGUUUUUGUGGAGGAUUACAAUGAGAGGCGCUACAAAAAAGUGGUGAAGGUUUGUGGCUUGGAACGCGAUAUGGAGUUACUGCCCCAUGGAGACUUGACUGUUGUCGGAGAGCGAGGUGUGAGUCUCAGCGGUGGGCAAAAGGCCAGAGUGAGUCUAGCACGAGCAGUCUAUCGCAAAGCUGAUAUAUAUCUUCUGGAUGACCCACUUUCCGCUGUGGAUACCCACGUGGGCAAACACAUCUUCGACCGCUGUAUACGCGACUUUCUGUCUAAAAAGAUUCGUAUUUUAGUCACUCACCAAGUGCAAUAUCUGUCUGAUGUGGAACACCUGGUGCUAAUGGGUUCCGGAAAAAUUAUGGCCCAAGGCAGUUACCAGCAGCUGCAGCGUUCCCGCCAGUUUCAGUUCCUUGAGCAGACGCAGCAUGAUGAGAGUGGAAUCGACACGCACAGUAUGAGCAGCUAUCUGUCCCGCAGCGAUUCAGAGAAAAGUAUUGAGCAGCAGCACAAUCAGCUGCUUCGGCCAGACGAGGAGGUGGAGGAGCUCAACCAGGAGCAGCAAUCUGUGGGCUCCAUCAAGAUGCACGUCUACGCCUCUUACAUCAAGGCUUUGGACAGCACUUUCCUACUGGGCAUAAUAAUAUCGCUGUUUGUCUGUGCCAGGGUUAUGCUUACUGGAGUAGAUUAUUUCUUGUCCAGAUGGGUCAUUUGGGAAGAACAAAUAGCUGCUAAUAGUACUACCACCCUAUUGAACGAAAAUGAUACGAUGCCCCAAAAUGAUACUCUGCCACUAAAUUCGACGGACCCUUCUAUUGCGCCUCUAUUAGCGGGAGACCUUCAGGCCAGCAUUCGACAGGAGCUAGUUCUUUUCUAUGCCACUAUACUUGGCGCCACUCUAAUUGUCUACCUUAUCCGCACCUUCGGGUUCUUCAAAAUGUGCUUGCGCAUUUCACUACAUCUGCAUGAUAGACUCUUCCGGGGAAUCACCAGAGCCAGCAUGUACUUCUUCAACACGAACUCUUCCGGCAGAAUUCUAAAUCGCUUCUCGAAGGAUAUCCGAACAGUGGACACAGAUCUGCCACACACGCUGCUUGAUUGCCUGGCCUUCAUAAUUGACGUAUCUGGCGUAGUCAUCAUCGUUGCCAUUGCUAACUAUUGGCUACUGGUUCCAGCUGCUAUCAUUGGUGUAAUUCUGGGCAUGAUACGAUACCUUUAUGUGAAUACUAGUCGAAGUGUCAAGCGGUUGGAGUCCAUAUCUCGCAGUCCCGUUUUCUCGCUGACGAAUCAAACCUUCCAGGGCCUUACCACCAUACGCGCUUUGCAGGGCCAAAGCGCCCUGGAGCAGGAGUUCCAUGAGUACCAGAACACCAAUACAUCCGCCUGGUUUCUUUUUCUCUCCUGCACGAGAGCUUUUGCUCUGUGGUCGGAUAUGCUAUGUAUUGUAUACAUGACAGCAGUGACCUUUAGUUUCCUGUUGCUAAAGAAUGAGUUUGAUAGUGGCGAUGUGGGAUUAGCCAUUCUGCACUCCACCACGAUGACGGGUAUGUGUCAGUGGGGUAUGAGACAGACGGCUGAAUUGGAGAAUCAGAUGACCAGUGUGGAGAGGGUGCUGGAGUACACGGAGCAGCCCUCGGAAGCGCCGCUAGAGACGCAAGAAAAGUUUAAACCAAAGACAGAGUGGCCAAGCAAGGGACGAAUCGAGUUCAUCAACUUUAAACUGCGCUAUUCACCCCAGGAAGCACCUGUGCUAAGGGACCUAAACUUCACCAUUGAGUCGCGCGAGAAGGUUGGCAUUGUUGGCCGCACUGGUGCCGGAAAGUCGUCUAUCAUCCAGUCCAUCUUCCGUUUGGCCUGCAACGAGGGCAUGAUCCGCAUCGAUGAUGUGGAUAUUGAGCAUAUAGGAUUGCACGAUCUGCGCAGUCAAGUAUCAAUCAUUCCUCAAGACCCAGUUCUAUUUUCUGGAACAUUGCGCUACAAUUUGGAUCCAAUGGAUGAGCGUUCGGAUGAGGAGAUGUGGAAGGCACUGGGCGACGUAGAGCUGCGUUCCUAUGUAUCUACUUUAAUUGGUGGACUCAAUUGUCGAAUGUACGAUGGCGGAUCCAACUUUAGCGUAGGCCAAAGGCAGUUGGUGUGUCUGGCGAGAGCCAUUCUGAGACACAAUAAGAUACUUAUAAUGGAUGAGGCCACUGCCAAUGUUGAUCCAGAAACCGACAAGCUUAUUCAGCAGACCAUCCGCUCCAAGUUCGCGCAUUGCACUGUUUUGACAAUAGCCCAUCGAUUGCACACUGUAAUGGACAGUGACCGGGUUCUGGUUAUGGAUGCCGGCGAGGUCAAAGAGCUGGGACAUCCCUACGAGCUGCUGCAGAGGUCUGGGGGUUACCUUCGUAAACUGGUCGACAAUACGGGCGCAUCCACUGCCUUCGCACUGCAACAGGCGGCCGAACUGAGCUAUAGCAAACAGGUCCUGGGAGAUGAUACAGCGGCCCAGGAUCUUAAUAUCACACUGGCAAUGGAUGAGAAGGCCCAGUGACCGAAACGCACACUCACCUACUUGUAGAUUUGCUUAAGGGUUAGAUCAUAAGAACUAAAAGUAUUAUGUACAUAGCACAGUUGUACUUAAAGCUAACGAAUUACCUAUUGCCUUGUACUUACGGAAUAUUUGUAAGUUUGUUUAUCGCCACGAAUUUAUGUAUGUAUAUGUUCCAUAGUUUACAAAGUACUGUAUAUGUACGUUCUAUGUUUUGUACGUCAUGUGUUCAAUUGGCAAACCUAUCGAAAGCAAUUUGCAAACGCCGUGCACAAAUCAGAGCAAGUUCAAUCAAACGAAGACAAAUAGUUUAUUUAGGUACUUUUUUAAAAUAUGUAGCUAAUGUAGGAUUACAAAAUCGUACUUAUAGAUACGUACAAUCUCAAUAAAGUGCCUGAGAAUUAUAACUUACAAA